CACACACUUUAAACAGUACUUGGAUUUUCAUCAACACUUUUAACACACACACGUAUUGCUGUAAGCUAAACUUCAGUGCAACAGCGCCCCAUGCUGUUUCGCCUCUGACGCUCGGGAGCGUCUCUGCUGCUGGAAGCAGUCUGAUGUUUAGCACGUUUAAUAAAGUCUUCCGUCCUUGUGUGUCCUGAAGUUUAACGUCUUUUCUCUUUGUGUGUCCUGGUGUUUAACGUCUUUGGUCCUUGUUCUGGCUUCAUCUCCGUAUCAGAUCCCCCAGCCUCCUGAGGACCAUGUGGCUGUACAGUCGUCCAGCAGCUUGGGUUUCGUUUCUGCUUUUGGCCGGGACAUGUGAACCUCUCGGAUGACUAAAGCUGAGUUGCCGCAGCGCUGGAAACGCAAACAGAAACGCGAAGCAGAAGUGGCCGCUCGUGGGUAGCACCACUAUGAGAAAUGCACCCUGUGUGGCAGCAUAUGUCUGUUAUUCUCGGCUUCUUAAGACUUGCAUUUAACGAUGGACGAGAGCGGGAGAAACAUGCGUCUGAGGGAGUGGUUAAUUGCUCAGAUUGACAGCGGAAAGUACGCGGGUCUUAGCUGGGAGAACCGCGAGAGGACGACGUUUAAAAUCCCGUGGAAACACGCCGCGAAGCAGGACUACAGGCAGAGUGAGGACGCCGCGCUGUUCAAGGCCUGGGCUGUGUAUAAAGGGAAGUUUCGCGAAGGCAGGGAUAAGGCGGACCCUUCUGCAUGGAAGACACGUCUCCGCUGUGCCCUCAAUAAGAGCACAGACUUCCAGGAGGUCCCAGAGCGCAGUCAGUUGGACAUCUCAGAGCCCUAUAAAGUCUACCACAUCGUGGAGGACACAGAGAGGCCUACAGAAACCCUGGUGGGUUCACUGAAGACACAUGUUAGUCAGGUGGGCAGACUUCUGAAAGAUCCACAGAAUGUCCUCACGCAGGAUGGUGUAUACGGUGAAUCAAACUGCAAGCACUCAAAUGAGAGACCAGUGGACAGGAGGUUGGUUGUCCAUGCCAGCUACAGUGCUCCUGCUUACGAGAGCCCUAGUCCAGUCUCUGUCUCUCUGCUCCCCAAUCUGGGCCAGAUCUCAGAUUUUAGACUGCAGGUGUGUUUGCUCUACCAUGGUCUCCUAGUGCAGAAGGUGAUCAGCAGUUCUCCCGAGGGCUGUUUCAUCUUGCAGGGCUCGGCCCCGGUGGGGAGUGAGCGGAUCUACGGCCCCUGCGCGGCGCACAAGCUCUUCUUCCCCCGGGUGGACGUCACGCCCCUGCCCCUGGGCAUCGGCCAGGCUAUGAGCUGCCUGCUGCCCCACCUGGAGAAAGGUGUGCUGGUGUGGGUGGCCCCCGACGGUGUGUUCAUCAAACGCUUCUGCCAGGGCAGGGUGUACUGGUAUGGCCCUCUGGCACAGUACAGCAACAAGCCCAACAAGCUGGAGAGAGAGCGCACCUGCAAGCUCCUGGACAUACACAUCUUUCUGCAAGAGUUACAUCGCUACCUACAGGGUGGAGGACCAAGGCCACGCUACGAGAUUGACCUGUGCUUCGGAGAGGAGUUUCCUGAUGCCACACAACCAAAGAGCAAGAAACUGAUCACAGCACAGGUGGUGCCCCUAUUCGCCCACGAGCUCCUGGUGCAGCUCAAGCUGGUUAAAGGUGAAGAUAAGUAAUGUUCAGGCAUAUGGCAGCAGCCAGCAGAGAGAAGACCAGCUCCAGCCAUCCUCACUGUUGUGGCCAGAAGACAAGCGGAGGCACAGCGGACACGUGUAUCCACACCACAGGCUUAAGCAACACUCCGGCUUCCAGCAAUGAAAGGAAAACCGCAGGGCGGAAUUAUACCCCCCCCCCCCACACACACACACGUUUUGUUUCCUAUUCACUUACAGAAUCAACACAAUUUUAAAAUGAAUUAUGAAACUACAUUUCUAGCAGAGCAGCUAGAAAUGAGAUCUGGUUCAAGACCCAGGAAGUAUCUGUACUGUAAUAUAUGUCACUCUGGAUGAGAGCGUCUGUUAAAUGCUGUGCAUAUAAACACGCGAGGGUUAUGCAGUAUGCUACAAUUCUAGUCAAGAACAUGGGAGAGACAGUCUAGAACGUGGCAUUGAGAUGUUCUACACGGAGACUUUUGCUGGAACAUUUCACAAUAUCCAAAGCCACAUUAUUUACUGGGCAGUUAACAACAACCAAAUCCAUGGAAUCUAUACUGGCACCUAGUGGCCUGGAUAUUUUAAACAUGGCUGUCUCAUGCAGGGGACCCAUGCUACGCAGCGUAAACAUUUGAGGUUCAUUUGAGGACUACAAAGCAAUUUGAUUCUUCAUCUCUUGUGAGCUGCACUUUCCGGAAGAGAAUCACCGUCAUAAAUACUGUUUGCUGCGUUUUGGUGGUAAUGACUUAUUGCUCCUUUAAGUCACCAGGAUUCUAUUGUCUGCAUCCGUGUUUGAUGCCAUGCACGUACACAUCUGAGAGCCAUGGCUCAGAGCACGCGUCAUUUGUACGAACACCAAGGCUAACUAAAUCAAUCCAAGCACCAUUGGCUAGCAUUAAUGUUAUCUGACCAGCUGACCUAGCUAACGACGUUGUCUCGGUUUGUUCCCUGUGGUCACAUUUCCGUUCAGGUGAUUUUUUAAACAAAGAUUGCUUUGGCACUUUAUAGCGCUUAUUGAUAUAACCUGUCUGUAAGGUUUUAAGGAAGAAUUUUUACCAGCAAUUAUUGUUCCCAUUUCCUAUAUUGAGAUUCAUUUUUAAGUGCUAAAGCAAUUUUCGUAAAAAAAAUUACUUGAAUGAAAGAAUAGGCAAUGUUAGUCAACACUGAUCAAUUCUAGUUCCACACAGAAGUCCUACUCUUUGACAUUUUUAUAGAUGGGAGGGGUUUGGGCAAUAGGACACUAGCGUUUCCGCAUCUGACAAACUCAAAUCAUUACAAAGUGGCCAUUUUCCUUUUCCCAAAUCCCCUGUCGGAACACUGCAUGUGUCGGGGAAUUGGCUCUGAGUGUUAGGAACAAAACCUCCGUCAGCCUUACCUGGCAGAAGGACUGCCCAUUUUAGAACGGGGGCGGGGUCUGACAAAAUGAAUGAGUGAGUUAUUGGACAUUGGAAAGGACACUGGACACACUUUGUAUAUGGACCUUGACUGCCCAGAAGCACAAUAUGAUGCUCACUGGAAAGAAAUCCCAGCUUUAGCUUCUCUGGGUCUUUAGUGUAUAGCCUAAGUGUAACAUUUAUUUUGCCUUUAACUGUGAUUUAUUUUUUUAAAAACCCGUAGGAAUGUCAGUCAAAUGUAGCCUAUCAUGUUAAAGGAAUAUGCCAGGUAAAGAUGCCAAUGUAACUAGCAAUGAAUAAAAGAGAACUUGCAUCAGUUAGCUUCAUACAAAUGACAUCAUGUAAAUGACAUCACACACAUGAAAAUGACAUCGUGUAAAUGACAUCACACACAUGACGUUAAUGACAUCAUGUCGUCUGGUGACUACAGUUCUUCCUGCAAGUUAACUGUAUUAGCAUGAGUGGUUGAGCUAAUCCUUUCAAAAAUGAUCAUUACUCUUAUUAACUUUUGUUUUUCUUAAUGUUGGUCUCUUGUUUACAUUAAAGACUAGACACAUUCAUGACUCAAAGGAACCUUGGUUAGAAAAUGAAAAAAGUAUUCAAAGCAACCUAAGCAAUGUAACUGGAAAAUCUAGUAUAAAAUCGUUUCUACACACACACACACACACACACACACACACACACACACACACAUAUAUAUGCUCCAAUAUUACUUCUUGCUGCAAAAGUUACAACCUCAAC